UUUAAUUAUGCUAAAUAUAGAUCAUACCACAAAAUACAUGUUUUCAAGUAAAAAACUCGUAACCAGAAGAAAAAAACAAAGGACUAAGCGAAAACUAGAAUUGUUCCCAAAAAUGACGCACAUCCACACUUGUUUUCAAAAGAGCAUCAACUUUGUAUCUAUUGUCUUCUCUUUUUCUCUCUCCAUCGAUGAUCACAAUCGUUUUGCUUUAGAUGAACCAAACCGUGAUCUUAAACAAAUAUUUUGCAUGGUUAGGCAUUUCCCCAGCAAUGACCGGAUUCUCAUGCCAAUCCAUAUUGGGUUCUGGCCAGAGGACCCACCACCCACCGGUCAGGUUAGUACUCGAGAUUUGUCGUCUAGACUUCCGGUGGUUUGUCGACACAUUCACAGUAAGCAACCAUUUGGAAUGUUCAGAGGCGAAAACGCUAUGAACUAUGCAUUUUCAACUUUCUUGAUCGAGGCAAUUCUUAUUAUCUUCUUCAUCAAAACCACAUGCUUCCUCCUUCGACCUCUACGUCAACCUCGUAUCGUCUGCGAGAUCAUUGGUGGAAUGAUGAUAGGACCGUCGAUGCUUGGAGGAAGCAGGAACUUCAAUUACUACUUGUUCCCACCGAUAUCAAAUUACAUAUGUGAAAACUUGGGACUGUUGGGAUUUGUUUACUUCUUCUUUAUCACUGCGGCCAAAACUGACGUUUCAGCCAUUGCAAAGUCUCCAAGAAAGCAUAAGUACAUUGCUGUGAUCGGCAUUGUCGUCCCCCUGGUCUGCACUUUGGCCACGGGGAUGGCAAUGCGAGACAAAAUGGACAAGAACAUGAGAAAGUUUUCAUCCGUUGGAUCGAUUGCGUUUGCCUUGGCUUUCAGUUCUUUCCCUGUCAUCUACACCGUCUUAAGAGACAUGAACCUUCUCAACUCUGAAGUAGGCAAGUUCGCCAUGUCGGUGGCUCUCAUUGGAGACAUGGCAGCGAUUGUUGCUCUUAUUUUUUUCGAGGCCUUGAAUCAGGUAGAGGAAGGAGGAGCCACGGCUAUAGUUUGGUAUCUUAUAUCGGUCGUUAUAUUCAAUGCUUUUAUGUCUUUGGUUGUGGCACGAGCUCUUGAGUGGGUGGUCGACCAAACGCCAGAGGGAAAACUCGUCGACCAAAACUACAUCGUAAUGAUUCUCAUGGGUGUUCUUGUCGCUUGUUUCAUUACAGACAUGUUUGGUUUAUCUAUGGGCAUGGGACCCAUUUUGCUAGGGUUCAUUGUCCCUCAAGGUCCACCUUUGGGUUCGACGCUGGCUAUUAGGAGCGAGACUUUCAUCCAUGAGUUCUUGAUGCCUUUCUCCUUUGGUUUGGUGGGACUCAAGACCAAUGUCAAUCUUAUCACCAAUGAUAUUUGGGAACAAAAGCUCUCUCCUCUUGUCUACAUGACAGUCGUUGGAUUCAUCUCUAAGUUUCUCGCUGUGUUUUCCGCUGCUGUCUUCUUUAAAAUCCCCACCAGAGACAGCCUCACGCUUGGUCUCAUGCUGAACUUGAGAGGCCAGAUAGAUACCUUGCUCUACUUGCACUGGAUAGACAAAAAUAUAAUCGGUUUACCCGGUUUUGCUAUCUUGGUUUUGCAUGCCCUUGUGGUUACGGGAAUAGCUACACCGCUUAUCAGCUUCCUUUACGAUCCAGAUCGUCCUUACAGGAUCAGCAAGUACCGCACCAUACAACACACUCCCCCGUCUACCGAGGUGGGACUUGUUCUCGCCGUCGCCGACCACGAAGCCUUGUCCGGUUUGUUCACCUUCCUCGACCUUGCUAAUCCCACUACAACUAGCCCCUUUUGUAUAUACGCUAUCCAGUUAGUGGAGUUAAUGGGACGAGCCUCGCCGGUUUUUAUCGACCACGAGGAGGAGGAAGAGGAAGAGGAGGACGAUGAGGAAGAGGUGGAAGAAGAAGAAGAUGAAGGUGCCCGGAGAAACCAGGUGCAAACCGCAUUUAGGUUGUACCAAGAGAAAAGAGAUGAAUGUGUAACGCUACGUGCCUACACAGCUCAUGCUCCAAAGCGUCUAAUGUACCACAACAUUUGCCAGCUAGCAUUGGCUAAUAAAACCGCUUUCAUUCUCUUACCUUAUCAGCAAGAACGUCUCGACGACGAUGCACCAACGGAGCUACGUAACUCCGGCAUGUUAUCCGUGAACGCGGAUGUCUUGGCCCACACGCCAUGCUCUGUUUGUAUCUAUUACGACAAGGGACGGCGUAGAAACGCUCGGUCCCAAGAAACGCACCGUUUUGUGGUUCUGUUCUUAGGAGGAGCUGAUAACAGAGAAGCUCUGCAUCUGGCCGACAGGAUGAUGGUGAAUCCAGACAUAACCCUGACGGUGAUCAGGUUCUUGUCGUUCAACCAUGAAGGAGAGGACGAGAGGGAGAAGAAGCUGGACGAUGGGGUGGUGACAUGGUUUUGGGUCAAGAAUGAAGAGAAGGAGAGGGUUAGUUACAGGGAGGUUGUGGUCAAGAACGGUGCGGAGACGCUGGCGGCAAUACAAGCGUUGAAUGACAACGACUAUGAUCUGUGGAUAACGGGGAAGAGAGAAGGUAUCAAUCCGAAGAUUAUAGAAGGGCUUGCGGAGUGGAGUGAGAACCACCAGCUUGGAGUUAUUGGAGACACUGUGGCUAAGAGUGUGUUUGCAUCGGAAGGUUCGGUGUUGGUAGUACAGCAACAGGUGAGGAACCAGAAAGGUGGUGGUUUCUUGAAUGGCAAGUUUGAUUACAAGAAGUUAGUGUCUUAUUGGUCUUGUAAUAAUUGUUAGUUAGGACACAGAUUGCUUAACUGAUUAGGUUUCUUUUUUGUUUUGUACAUUCUGUAUUUUUGGGAUGAUCUUGCUAUCUAAACAAAAUUUGUAUCCAAGUUCAUUGUACAAGCUAAUAAAUUCCAAUGUA